AAAAAUCCACAAUAAUAAAGUCGCACGCGUGAAUUUUAUUUUUAUCGAAAUUCUACGUUAAUUAAUAAUGGAAAGUAUAUCAUCAGCUCUAGAAACAUUUAAAUCUAUCACAAAACAUCCAGAAUCAUUCUUAAAACAACAAAAUGAAAAAGCCAAUAAAAUCCAGAAAGAGAUGCUUGAAUCCAUCUACAUAUGCUGCAGAGACCUUCAAAAGGAACAGAAACGAAAAGCAUUGCCUAAAUUAAUCACAAAUGGAAUGGAUGUUGAGUCAGUUUGGCAGCAACUUGAGAUCCAGAAUGAAGAGAACUUCCAGUUAAAUUUAAAGGAUGUCUCUAAAUUCUUAGCAGUUAAUAGUGACAAAUUCAAAAUAAAUAUUGGCGAUAUAUCAAGUGACGAUGAAGAAAAUGGAAGUGAUCAGGAACAUGGCAGUGAAAGUGACGAAAAUGGAAGUAAUCAGGACCAAGAUAGUGAAAGUGACGAAAAUGAAAGUAAUCAGGACCAAGGUAGUGAAGAUGAUGAAGGCGACAGUGAAUUAGAUGAGAAUAAUACAGAGCAGGUCUCAAAGAUUAAAUUUAAAGGCAGGAAGUCAAUUGUCGACGACGAGUUCUUUAAACUAAGUGAAAUGGAGCAUUUCUUAAAGGAUCAAGAAAGUAGAGACAUGAAUAAAGGUCCAACAAGUGAAGAAGAUAUUGAUUACUUUGCUGGAGAUAAUGACGACGUAAAUUUAGAGGAAUCGCUUAGAUAUUCCGACUUUUUUGACCACGACGAUGUUGCAGAAGAUAAAAGUGAAGAAUCCAAUAACGGAGAUGAAGGCGAGGAUCCAAAUGAGCCUAAAUCGUCACAUGAAAUUAGACAGGAACGUUUAAAAAGUAAAAUUCAAAAAAUGGAAGAAGACAUGCUCGAACAAAAAACAUGGCAAAUGAAAGGUGAAAUUAAGGCAGAAACUAGACCACAAAAUUCACUUUUAGAAGAAGUGCUAGAUUUCGAUUCAGCAACAAGACCAGCACCAGUCAUUACAGAAAGUGUAUCAAUGAGACUCGAAGAUAUAAUAAAGCAACGAAUUAAGGAUAGAGCAUUUGAUGAUGUCGAAAGGAAAAUUAAGCCAUCGGAUAUCCAAUAUGAAUACAAGAAGCAAGUUGUAUUAGACCAAGAAAAAAGCAAGCAAUCAUUAGCACAGAUUUAUGAGAAAGAAUAUCUUAAGGAACUUGAGAAAAAUGAUCCAAAUGCAGCUGAUGUCGAGGAAGUGGAACCAAAAGCACACAAAGAAAUUCGUACAGAACUUAAAGAUUUAUUCGAGAAACUUGACAUGCUUUCAAACUUCCAUUAUACACCACGACCAGCACAGCCUGAACUCAAAAUUAUUACAAAUCUUCCCACAAUUGCAAUGGAAGAAGUAGCUCCUGUUGCCACAAAUGAUGCAACCUUAUUAGCACCAGAAGAAAUUAAAAGAAAAAUUAAAGGUGGAAAUGUCAUCGGUGAAGGUGAGAGAACUAAAACUGAUAAAAACCGAGAACGACGACACAAAAAGCUGUUCCAAAAGGAUAAAUUUUCAAAAGAAAAGGGCACAGACAAGUCUGCACUUAUCAAUAAAGUCAUGAAAAGCAGGAAUGUCGAAAAAAUCAAGUCAGUAAAUGACGAUUCAAUGAAAACAUCAUCAGCAUUCUUUAAUAAACUUCAGGACGAAGCAUCAUCGUCACUUAACAAAAAUAAAUCAAAACCGAAAAGAAAGGCUGACAAACCUAUCCAUCAAGCAAAGAAGCUUAAAUUGUAAAAAAUUGAAAUAAUGCUGUAUUUUUAAGAAUUAAAGUCUUUC